AUGCCGUCAGUAGAUGCUGCUCAACAACCAUCCGGCCCAAACGAAACAGAGGCUUCAAUAUGCAGCACGCAACCGGAAGCCAGCCCUAAAGGCUCAGAGCAAAACCCACUACCAUACCGAUUCUGGCGCCACUCAUCCAGCGAAAGCGAAGGCGAUAGUGAUGGUACCGACAAGAGCACAGUUGAGCGCAGACAUUCAACAGGGUGGUCUAGUCAACCCAUUACCUCCAGCCAGCCAUCCGCCAAAACAGAAGUCGACGACGACGAAAACGAACAGAGAGCUAUCCAAGCCGCCCGAGCCCGAUUUUCCGUUGCCCUAAGGGAGGGGACAGCAUUUGAAUUGACCUCUCGCCAAUUCGAAGCAGUAUCGAAUGCUCUGGAGGAAAUAUCCGAGAAUGCACCCAGUGAAGUGCACAGCGAUGAUCUAUACGCCGAUAGCUUAUUCGAUAUGAAUACUGAACCAAACUCUGCGACAGCUGUGCCCACCAACCUCUCCAGCAGGCAGUUCAACCGACGCGUUCAAUUCCUGGCCCUGGCAGGCGACUACGCCGGCCGGGUCUUCAAUAGCAUUCGCUUCGCCGCUCGAGAUCUAGGCUUCGGCGACUUUCCGCGGCGCCCUGGGGAGCUGCGACAGGUGGUGCAGAAUGAACUUAGGAACAAGAGCAGGGACAGCGUUCUUGACGAAAUCGACAAUCCUAUAGGAGGAGCAUCCGGGGACAUCAAAGAUGCCAGUGCCAAUGACGAUGUCAUCUCAAAGACCGAACUCGUCGGUCGAUGUAUAGCCCACCUUGCCAGUCAGGACAGCGCAAUGGCAGCAGUGCAUUUGGAUGUCGACGUCGUUUUCCUGGCUGCGGCCAUAUAUGAGCAACGCAAUGCAACAUUCCACUGCCAGAUCGGCCAUCCAAGUACCCGAACAAUAAACGCGCGACCAGAGAUAUCUGUGCUGAGCAUAAAAGCAGUUCCAUCUGUAUUUGGAGAGCGAACAAUCGCGGGAUCCGGUGCUUACCGCUCGCAUCGAGGAGAUCAUGUCGUUUUAUCCAGCAAGUGUGGACUGGAUGCGACACCGCGAUGCCUCGCAACUGGAGCCGACGACGACGACGACGACGACAUCCAGUACAAAAGUGUCAGCUAA